UGAACUGCCCACGUUAGGGAGACUGUGGCUGGCCAAGGGAGGGGACAGUAGCGACGUGUGGUUGACCCCAGCUGUGCCUGUAGCCUAGCGUUGCCGAAGACAUGAGGGUCAGGGCUUCUGAGCAGCAGAGGGUCCUUGAGGGGCUCGAGGAUGAUCUGAGGGGCCCAGUGGCAUGUGUGCAAGGCCUGGACAUUCCCACACAGAGGCCGACAGGCCACAUAGCCUGAGGGGACAAUAGAACGAGCGCCCUUCACCCCCGUGACCCUCUCCUCAGACUCUUGAAGGUCCCUUUCAGGGGAUCACAGAGGUUCCUGGCCCAAGGCUUCUGCUCAUUCCAGCCCACUGCAGCCCAGCACCGGCAGCCGUCCACGGAGAAUGUGAGUGCUGGCCGCUUCCUGCGGGCAGCGCUGGACCCAGAGGUGAGCUCAGACCAGAAUGGGGGACUCCAGGGACUUUUGCCCUCACCUUGACUGUAUAGGGGAGGUGACCAAAGAGGACCUGCUGCUCAAAUCUAAGGGAACCUGUCAGUCAUGUGGUGUCAGCGGACCGAACCUGUGGGCCUGUCUCCAGGCCGCCUGCCCCUAUGUUGGCUGCGGAGAAUCCUUUGCUGACCACAGCACCCUUCAUGCACAGGCAAAAAAGCACAACCUGACGGUGAACCUGACCACGUUCCGGGUGUGGUGUUACGCCUGUGAGAAGGAGGUGUUCCUGGAGCAGCGGCCGGCGGCCCACCUGCCUGGCUCAUCGGCCAAGUUCUCCGAGCAGGACUCUCCGCCACCCACCCACCCUCUGAAAGCCGUCCCUAUUGCUGUAGCUGACGAAGGAGAGUCCGAGUCGGAGGAUGACGACCUGAAGCCUCGCGGCCUCACGGGCAUGAAGAACCUGGGGAACUCCUGCUACAUGAACGCUGCCCUGCAGGCCCUGUCCAACUGCCCUCCGCUGACUCAGUUCUUCCUGGAGUGUGGGGGCCUGGUGCGCACAGACAAGAAGCCAGCUCUGUGCAAAAGUUACCAGAAACUGGUCUCUGAAGUCUGGCACAAGAAGCGGCCCAGCUACGUGGUCCCCACCAGCCUGUCUCACGGGAUCAAGUUGGUUAACCCGAUGUUCCGGGGCUAUGCCCAGCAGGACACCCAGGAGUUCCUGCGCUGCCUGAUGGACCAGCUGCACGAGGAGCUCAAGGAGCCGGCGGUGGCGGCAGCGGUGCUGACUGACACGCGGGACUCAGACUCUAGCGACACAGAUGAGAAGCGGGAGGGCGACCGGAGCCCAUCCGAGGACGAGUUCCUGUCCUGCGACUCGAGCAGUGACCGGGGUGAGGGCGACGGGCAGGGUCGCGGCGGGGGCGGCUCGCAGGCCGAGGCGGAGCUGCUGAUGUCAGACGAGGCGGGACUGCCAUGGCCGCCCUGGACCAGCCCACAGAGGCUCAGCCGCCGUCGCCGCGGCCCGCCAGCCCCUGCCGCACACCAGAGCCGGACAAUGACGCCUGCGCACGUAGCUCCUCUCGGCCCUGCAGCCCCGUCCACCUCCACGAGGCCCACGCCAAGCUGUCCAGCAGCCCUCCUCGCGCCAGCCCUGUGAGGAUGGGCCCCUCGUACGUGCUCAAGAAAGCCCAGGUGCUGAGCACCGGCAGCCGGCGGCGCAAGGAACAGCACUACCGCAGCGUCAUCUCGGACAUCUUCGACGGCUCCAUCCUCAGCCUCGUGCAGUGUCUCACCUGUGACCGGGUGUCCACCACUGUGGAGACAUUCCAGGACCUGUCGCUGCCCAUUCCCGGCAAGGAGGACCUGGCCAAGCUGCACUCGGCCAUCUACCAAAAUGUGCCAGCCAAGCCGGGCGCCUGCGGGGACAGCUAUGCCGCCCAGGGCUGGCUGGCCUUCAUCGUGGAAUACAUCCGCCGGUUUGUGGUCUCCUGUACCCCCAGCUGGUUUUGGGGGCCGGUCGUCACCCUGGAAGACUGCCUUGCUGCCUUUUUUGCUGCUGAUGAACUGAAGGGGGACAACAUGUACAGCUGUGAGCGCUGUAAGAAGCUGCGGAACGGAGUGAAGUACUGCAAGGUCCUGCGUCUGCCUGAGAUCCUGUGCAUUCACCUGAAGCGCUUUCGGCACGAGGUGAUGUACUCGUUCAAAAUCAGCAGCCACGUCUCCUUCCCCCUCGAGGGCCUCGACCUGCGUCCCUUCCUUGCGAAGGAGUGCACGUCCCAGAUCACCGCCUACGACCUCCUCUCGGUCAUCUGCCACCAUGGCACGGCAGGCAGUGGUCACUACGUCGCCUACUGUCAGAACGUGAUCAACGGGCAGUGGUACGAGUUUGACGACCAGUACGUCACCGAGGUCCACGAGACGGUGGUGCAGAACGCUGAGGCCUACGUGCUCUUCUACAGGAAGAGCAGCGAGGAGGCCGGGCAGCAGGUGGAGGCCCUGGCCGCCAUGCGGGAGCCCAGCCUGCUACGGUUCUACGUGUCCCGUGAGUGGCUCAACAAGUUCAACACCUUCGCGGAGCCGGGACCCAUCACCAACCACACCUUCCUGUGCACCCACGGAGGCAUCCCACCCAACAAGUACCACUACAUCGACGACCUGGUGGUCAUCCUGCCCCAGAACGUCUGGGAGCACCUCUAUAACAGGUUCGGGGGCGGCCCUGCCGUGAGCCAUCUAUACGUGUGUGCCAUCUGCCAGGUGGAGAUCGAGGCGCUGGCCAAGCGCAGGAGGGUCGAGAUCGACACUUUCAUCAAGCUGAACAAGGCGUUCCAGGCCGAGGAGUCGCCCAGCGUCAUCUACUGCAUCAGCAUGCAGUGGUUCCGGGAGUGGGAGGCCUUCGUCAAGGGAAAGGACAACGAGCCCCCCGGCCCUAUUGACAAUAGCAGGAUCGCGCAGGUCAAGGGGAGCGGCCACGUGCAGCUGAAGCAGGGAGCCGACUACGGGCAGAUCUCCGAGGAGACCUGGAACUACCUGAACCAUCUGUACGGAGGCGGCCCCGAGAUCGCGCUCAGGCAGAGCAUGGCACAGCUGCAGGACCCAGACAGCCUGCACGGGGAGCAGAAGAUCGAGGCCGAGACCCGGGCCGCAUGACCGGGCCGCGUGUAAGUCGGCCCGGCUGGCCCUCCUCCAGAAACCCGCGUGUCCCUGUGAGUGCCUGAAGAGUGCGUUCCUGACACUUCAUGAGGCAGCGAGGCGCCUGCGUGUGGCGGCGGCUGAGGGCCUGUGUCCCCACAGGCUGUGCUCGCCCUCCCCUCCCUGCGGAGGGUGUGUGGCGCCCCGAGGGGCUGCCGCCCAGGGACUGAGGCGAGAAGCGGGGUGGCUCACAGUGAGUAACAGGACGCCCAGGAAAUACACUCACUGCAGGCUGGUUCAGACGACUACGACUCUGUGACCUUACUUUGGGUCUUGGUCCUGCUGGUGCCACAUCAGUCACUCCUCAUCGUCUCCCCCAAGCCCGCCCUCUUGCUAGCCAGGGCCCAAGUUUGUCCCUGGUGCCUGAUGCCACUCCCUUGGCGCCCAGGCCGGGGCUGGGUCAGCGGCAG